UUGACUCCGUUCCGUCGAGUUAUCUGCGGGAAUGUAUUCUUCCAACUCCUCCCUCCUUGAUAAGUAAGGUACUCUUUCAAGCACGAUGAACGGUCACGCUGUUACAAACGGUGAACCGGUCAACGGAACGAGUGAUCACACAAUCAAGAACAGACAGAUUAAGAAUGGCACGGCCUUACCAAACGGAUGGAAUGGAACAUUUGUGAAUGAGAAGGAUCCUUACGCCUUGAUGAGGGAUUGCAACGCCAACGCUCGUCUCACAGCCCAGCAUUACCUCUGGAGGGAUCUUCUUGGAUUCCUUGUGCAUCCCAGUAUACCCACGGCGGCAGUUGACCUGAAGGUGGCCGAUGUCGCCACAGGAAAUGGCAUUUGGCUUCACGAUUUGGCCCGCGAUAUGCCCGCCUCUGUAGAGUUCCAUGGUUUCGAUAUCAGUCUCGACCAGGUUGUUGCCAAACCCUGGUUGCCCGCCAACAUACACAUGCACACUUGGGACCUGUUCGAGCAGCCGCCCCCAGAGUUUGUGGGAUAUUUUGACGUGGUGCACGUUAGGCUCAUCACGGUCGUGGUCAAGCACAACGACCCGCGUCCCGUGCUGGCGAACUUGACCAGGAUCCUCAAACCUGGCGGCUAUCUUCAAUGGGACGAAGUCGAUACCAUCGGUUGCUCGGUCCAGAGUGUCCCAGGUGUGACGGCAGAGAAUCUUGAGAGGCUGAUCGCCCAGCUCUGUGGCCGUGAUACGUGGAAAUCUUACCUCACGCAGAUCUUGGGCGAAAACGGCUAUGCCGAUGCGGUGCGACACAGCUAUGCCUACGGCCUGCAUAUGUCGCGUUUCUGGAGCGAUGUCUACAUGGCCACUUGGAAAGAGUUUGCACUCAAGGCGCUCAAGACGCCCGAAGAAUCCGGUCGGCUAGAGAGAAGGGCCAUGGAAGAGUCGGUGAACGGAGCUGCAAUCAUGAUUCCAAAGCUUGUGUGGGUUGCAAGAAAACUCUAGAGAAAGUCUAGUAAACUGGCCUGGCUCAAUUUUGUUACUAGACUGUUGGGAAGGAACAAAGAUAUGGGUGGUGUCUCUGU